AUGCUAGAUGGUUUAGAUGACGAAGAUUAUCUAGAAGAAAAAAUUACCGAGAAGAAAAGGUGGUUGAGUUCUGGUCAAGUGAAGGCAUUGGAGAAGAUUUUUGAGGUAGAUAACAAGCUUGAGCCAGAUAGGAAAGCAAAAUUAGCAGCUGAACUCGGUCUCCAACCGCGACAGUUCACAGAUAAGAUUAAUGGGAAUAAUAACUUCUUCCUUUGGCAACGGAGAAUAAAGGAUCUCCUCGUACAAAGAGGAUUACACAAGGCGUUGCAAGGAAAAGAGAAAAUGCCUGAACAGAUGAGCGAAUAA